GUAACACUUUGGCGCCAUAAUUUUAAAGAAAUAUUUUAAGGUUAUGUAAACAGUUCUUAGUUAGUUUUGUACAAUAGUUUUUAAAAUGCGGUUCCGUGCGGUGUUGGUAGAUAAUGCUGCAAUGAAAGAUUUUUUAACGACUGUAAAUAGUUUAUCAAAGUUAUCAAAGGAAUGUGUGAUGCGAAUUACCAUUCGACAUGUAUACUUCAUCAUUCCCGACGAUGAUACCGGACCUAGAAGACCUCUAGUAUGGUGCGAGUUACCUGUAAACUUUUACUUUAGAGAAUUUAAUUUGGAGGGUGUUUCGCACGAACAGAAUGAAAUUUACCUAGGACUUUCUACUGCAAUGUUGCUGAAAUCCCUAUCAACGGUUAAACAAAAUGCAAAAUCAUUAAAGGUGAAACUUACCAACAAACAAGCUCCCUGUCUCACAUUAGAAAUGGAAUUGACAUCAACUGAAGGUCUACAAAAUCGUCACCUCGUUCAUGAUAUACCAGUUGAAGUCAUCGGUAGGAAACAUUGGGGCGAAUACGCCGAACCUCAGUUUAACGAUUUUCAUGGUUUUCUGCAGGUUUCAAUGCAGAUGCCUAAUUUAAAACCAAUUAAAAGCAUAGUAGAGCGUAUGAAAAACAUGGGCCACUCUUUAAUCGUCUCCGCAACAAAGUUUGGUAAGCUGAGUUUACGCAUCAAAACAGAUGUUGUUAGCUUAACUGCUCAUUUCUCCAAUCUCGGCAUUGAAUCAUUUGCAGUUGCUCAUAAUACUGAAUUGCUUGAGAACACAAAUGAUGCAGAUGCAACUGAAGUUAAUUCUGUAGUUACUGCUACCAUUGACAUAAAGAAGUUUUUAAUGUUUUUAGCAGGUAUGCAGUUGAAUAAUUGCCGAACAACAUGCAGCAUUGUACAUGGGAAGAUGGUGAAGUUGUCAUGUGAACAGCCUGGGGCUCUGUCUUUGCAGUGUUUCUUUACAGAAAUUUUAAUUUAAGCAAUACCAUUAGAAUUAUGAUCUACUUGCUGCAAAUUUAAUUUAUAAAAAUAGAAGUGGAAAAAUUAAGUGGUAGAUGUAAUUUUUUUUUAUAUUCUGAUAUUUUCUUUUGAUUAAGCAGGGGAAGGGAAUAGUCCAUCAUAGAUAUCAUAUUUUGGACACAGUGUAUAUUAAAGUACACAACAAACUUUUGUUAAGAAAAGAAUUACACAUAUGGUAAUUGAGGGAUCAGAUUUGCGAUUAUAAUAAUGCCUAAGUGAGGUCCUAAUAUUCGUCUAUAGCUUAGAGCACAACUGCAGUUUGCAAAUAAUUUAAAAUGAAUACAGUUGCAUCUACUUAUUGAAUAAAUAUGACAAUGCACAUUUUUUAAAUUUAUUUUUUUUAAGAGGGGAGGGGUUACAUUCAAGCCUGCUGUACCAAUCCAACCCACUGUAGGUAUACUCCAUGUAUAUACUCUUACAAAGAUAGAUGGACUAUUAAUUUUUCUACUUUAGAUACAUUAAACAUUUAAUAUUUACAUUACAAAAAUACACUUAUACACAUAAAUUACACUUUUAAUGAUAUAACUAAAAUAAUUGUAAGGAGGACAAGAAAUGGCAACCACGUUUUCAAGAAUGCCACAAAACUAACAUACUUUCCAUACACUAACAUUAAAAAUGCUAACUUUACCAUAUUCCAAUUACUUGAAUUAUUAUACUGCAUCAAAUUUAAUGCUGUGGCUACGUGAGAGUGACAGUUAUCACAAAAUAGAUUAUGCAUGCGUUCUUUGUAAAUAUCUGAUGCUUCUGUGAUUGCACGAUCCCAACCGGCACUACCUCCGAUUGCAUUAUUAAACUUCAAUUGCCAAUACUUUGAAGGAUCUCCGAAAGCCAUAUUGUCUUCGGAUACAAAGUAGGGUCCGGCAAAAUCUCUAAUUAUGCCAGAAGAUAAAGCUAUGCCCAUAUGCCCAAUUACUGGAAAUAACCAAGUAAGAAACGGUAUUGGAGUCCAUACAACGCAGAAUGGGUAUCGAUUCCUGGUGAUGUCGAUUUGUGUGAAUUCCGAUGCCAUGUCAAGAUUCGGGUCUGUCGCCAACGCCUCAUACAUGUGCAGGUUUUUGGAUAGUUGAUACAAGAAAGGGAUUAUUCAAGUGAUGUUUGAUAAGACCUCUUCCACUUUAUGAGAAGCACAUCGCAAUGUAAAGCUCAUUUU